UGCCCACUAACCAGAAGCUUAGCCAUGUCCUCCAUCUUGUCGGGCAACCACCCGCCUCCGGAUCUGGCCACUAGAGACGAGACACGAACGGGCGGCACGAGGCGCGCCUUUCUAAUAGCCGUGCUCGCUUCCUCGCUCGGCGUGGCGAGGCUCUGCCACCGCGGCGACCUCUUCUGGUGCCGAGCUCGCGGCAUCAACCUCGGCACCCUGCUGCAGCCUGCCGGCUUCUCGCUCGACCGGAUGCCCGACCUGAGCGGAAGAACCGCCGUCGUCACCGGCGCGAGCUCUGGCCUCGGGCUGGAGGUUGCAAAGCAGCUGGCGCUGGCCAACGCCACCGUCGUGCUCGCGUGCCGCAACCUAUCGCGGUGCGAGCGCGCCCAGUCCCUCAUCGCCGAGGCGGCGGCGCGGCGCGCUUCCGCGCCGGCAAGCACCCUCCCUCUCGCCCUCGACCUCGAGAGCCUGCAGAGCGUCGCCGCGUUUGCUGCGGCGCUGGAGGCGGAGCUGCAGCGGCGGGUCGCGGCGGACGAGCCGGCUCGAGCUCCCUCGCUAGACCUGCUCGUCAACAACGCGGGCGUGGCGGCGCAGUUCCCGCUCCGCCUCACAGAGGACGGCGUCGAGGCCACCUUCCAGGCGAACUAUCUCGGGCACUUCGCACUCACCACCCGCCUGCUGCCGCUGCUGACGCGGACGGCGGCCGGGCGGCCGCGGGCGGGUGGUACACCUGACUUCGGGGGCCCACCGAGGCGCGCCGCCGGAAGGGGUGCGCUACGCCUCGCCUCGUUCAGCGACCAGUCCUGCCCCACGGCCCCCGUGCCGCUUUCCCUCGCGUCGAUCAACGACGCGCGGCUCGGCGGCUACGCGCGGUACGGGAUGGCCAAGCUCGCGAGCCUGGCCUUCGCGGCCGAGCUGGCGCGGCGGCAGGGCGGGGCGCUGCUCUCGUCUGCGGUCCACCCUGGCGUCGUGGCAAGCGACAUGCUCCGGCGCGGCAACUUCGAGGCGAUGCUUGGGCGGCGGCUCGGCAGCCUCCCCGCCGAGAGAUGGCCGAGAGAUGGCCGAGAGAUGGCCGAGAGAUGCCCGAGAGAUGGCCGAGAGAUGCCCGAGAGAUGCCCGAGAGAUGGCCGAGAGAUGGCCGAGAGAUGGCCGAGAGAUGGCCAAGGUGGCAUCGCCUGGCAGCUAGCGCAGGCGCGGAACGGGCUCUUCGCCUACUCGACCGAGCAGGCGGCGCUCACGGUCCUCUUCCCGGCGGUGGCGCCCGAGCUGGCGGGGCGGGCCGACUCGCCGGGAGGGAACGGGCGGCUUUUCGUGCCGGUCGCGACGCCGUGGGAGCCGCGCCACCCAAUGGCAACCGACGAGGCGUUUGGGGCGGCGCUGUGGGGGUUUAGCGAGUGCGUCGUGGCGGGCCGUGCGCACGAUUGCAGCCGCAACGCUACAUGACGGUUCUGCGCUGAAGUUCUGACCAAUCUCUGUAUCUCGACCGCUUAGGGUGUUCGGCCUUUAAGAGAGUAGCUUUAGCUACAAC